AUGAGCGCCGCCGCCCAAGAAACCACGGCCGGCGGCGGCGGCGAUGGCAAGCGUCAGGGACCUUGCCGCCCGGGACACCUCAAGCUUGGCUACCACAUCGUGGUGUCCAACGCGGUCUACGUACUGCUGGCCCCGUUCGCCGCGGCGUUGGCGCUCCGUGCGUCCCGUCUCACCCCGUCCGACCUGGCGGCAGCGCGCGCCUACCUCCUCGCCAACCUCCACCUCGCUGUCUCCCUCGUGUCCGUCGCCACGGCCCUCGCGACGGUCUACCUCGCGCGGCGGCCGCGCGCGGUGUACCUGCUAGACUUCGCGUGCUACAAGCCCGGGCCCGACCACGUGGUCACCCGGGAGACCUUCAUGAAGCAGUCCAGCAAGGCCGGGGUGUUCACCGACGACAACCUGGCGUUCCAGCGGAAGAUCCUGGAGCGGUCGGGGCUCGGGCAGGGGACCUACUUCCCGGCGGCGGUGCUCAACUCGCCCCCUAACCCGUGCAUGGCGGAGGCGCGGCGGGAGGCGGAGGCUGUUAUGUUCGGCGCCAUCGACAGCCUGCUCGCCAAGACAGGGGUGCGGGCCAGGGACAUCGGCGUCGUGGUCGUCAACUGCAGCCUCUUCAACCCGACGCCGUCGCUCUCCGCCAUGGUCGUCAACCACUAUAAGCUCCGCGGUAACGUCGCCAGCUACAACCUCGGCGGCAUGGGAUGCAGCGCCGGGCUCAUCUCCAUCGACCUCGCCAAGCAGCUGCUCCAGGUCCACCGGAACUCGUACGCGCUGGUGGUGAGCAUGGAGAACAUCACGCUGAACUGGUACUGGGGCAACGACCGCUCCAUGCUCAUGUCCAACUGCCUCUUCCGCAUGGGCGGCGCGGCGAUCCUCCUCAGCAACCGCGCCGCCGACAAGCGCCGCUCAAAGUACCAGCUCGUGCACACCGUGCGGACGCACCACGGCGCCGACGACCGCGCCUACCGCUGCGUGUUCCAGGAGGAGGACAAGGCCGGCCGGGUCGGCGUCGCGCUCUCCAAGGACCUCAUGGCCGUCGCCGGCGAGGCCCUCAAGACCAACAUCACCACGCUCGGGCCCCUCGUUCUCCCCAUGUCCGAGCAGAUCGCCUUCGGGUCAGGGUUCAAGUGUAACAGCGCGGUGUGGCGCGCGCUCAAAGACAUUCACCCAUCAAAGGAAGCGGGCAGCAACCCGUGGAUUGAGGAGAUCCACCGGUUCCCGGUCGAGGUGCCCAAGGUGGAGAGCGUCGUUUCAUCGCCAUGA